CCGGAACUUCAUUUCCCAGCCAUGGAUGUGGACGUCAAUCCCUAUCCUGGUGCACGCAUUCCUGCUGCCUCACACGCUCGCCCACCAGUGUCGUCUUCACCUAGCGCUCGACCUCCAGCUCACCUCUGCCCUCUCAUGCUUGCCGAGCUGCUCUCAGAUGGUUGCUCGCGAGUUUCUUCCUCCCCAACACCGUCAGCUUGCCGCGUCUCUGGUCCAGCUCCAGCUCGUCGAGUCCCUCUCUGUGUGCGCCAUGCAGCUCGCUCGGCCGCGACCUUGCCGAGCUCCGCCCCUGCUCCACGUCUCCUGGUCGGGCUCUCGUUCUGCGCGUGACGCCGCUGUUCCCUGGUGCUCCCUGCUCGACCCUGCUUCUUCUUCCUUGAGCCUCGCCGUGCGAGUUCUCCCUGGCUCAUGUGCCUACCGCCGUCGGCCCCAGUCUCUCGCUCGCAAGGUCUUCCCAAGCCGUCGUCUCCUGCCUCUGGCUGUCAAGCGCGACGAACUCGUCCCGAGCUCGUCACAACGUCUCAGCCCUGCGUGUCGCGCUAGCUCGCGUCUAUGGUCGCGUCCGCUGAACUCGCCAACGCCCUGUUGCCAGUCCGACUAUCGUCGCUACUGCGUGCCUCGCUGCGCGCUCGUUGGUGGUGCCGUCUGUUGUGCCCCUGCAUCCGCCCUUGUCGCUAGUGCCAACUCCGGCCGUCGCGGUAUCUGCUCCGUCCUGGCGCCCUGCGCUAGUGCUCUGCUUCCUGGCCCCGCCUGGCCUCCAGCUUGCUCAACAGUACUAUCCAUUUCGUCGUCAUACGUCUCCGCGUCAUGUACAAUAACGUCGUCGACCAUGCCUUCGCCUGCUUUGACGCGUCGAGCUCCUUCCCGUUGUGACUCGCGCACCAUCUAUUCAUCAAAAUGGAAUACUAAUGAGCUCCUCGCGACGCAGUUUCUCUGUGUCGUCGUUCGCGCCGGUAAGAUCCACGGUUCUGCUUUGUUCCAUUAAAUUCUCUUCUAGCACUAUUUUGGCUAGGUGUGGAUUUAUGUGUAUAUGUGUGGAUCUGUAAAGGAAGACGAAAGGGAAGCGCCAGUGCAACUUGUAACACCCCAGGUGUUUGCCUUAAAUUAAACUGCAAUUAUGGAUCCUUAAGAAAAAUAUCAGUUUGGAUCA